AUGUCCUCCCCAAGCAGCGCCUCCAACGCGGGCAAGCGGAAGCGCAACGCCGCCUCCUCCGCCGACGCCAUGGAGAACAGCAUCGACCAGACCUCGGAAUCGCGCGACGCCUCGGGCGAGGAGGGCGAGAGCACGGCGCCCGAGAGCAGCAGGCCCGCCGCGCAGCACCCUAGCAAGCGGCAGCGCGCCAACUCGGACCGCGACCCCAACGGCAACAACCACCACCACCACCAGGGCGCCGAGGCCGGCGCCGACCCCGGCGAGCCCAGCGACACCACCGAGGCCAGCGUCGACAUCGCCGAGCGCGUCGGCAGGAAGGCGGGCGCCCGCAAGCUCCCCAGGGACGUCGGCUCCUCGGCGAGCGACCCGUCCAUCGAAAGGAGGGACUCGGCCAUGGCGCCGCCGCCCAUCGGCAGGCUGACGCACCCCGUCGGGUACAAGACCAAUGACCCGCCCGUCGGACGGCCGGUCCGGGUGUAUGCCGAUGGUGUCUUUGACCUGUGUCAUCUUGGACAUAUGCGCCAGCUCGAGCAGGCUAAAAAGGCGUUCCCCGACGUCCACCUCAUUGUCGGCGUGACGGGCGACGAGGAGACACAUCUGCGAAAGGGCCUGACGGUCUUGUCGGGCAAGGAGCGCGCCGAGACGGUCAGGCAUGUCAAGUGGGUGGACGAGGUCAUCGAGAACUGCCCCUGGAUCGUGACGCCAGAAUUUCUCGACGAGCACCAGAUUGACUAUGUGGCCCACGACGACAUCCCCUAUGGCGCGGACGAGGGCGACGACAUCUACCAGCCCAUCAAGGCUGCUGGCAAGUUCCUGGUCACCCAGCGGACAGAGGGUGUCAGCACGACUGGCAUCAUCACCAAGAUUGUCCGAGACUACGAAAAGUACAUCUCGCGGCAGCUCAAGCGCGGCACCUCGCGCCAGGAGCUCAACGUCAGCUGGCUCAAGAAGAACGAGCUCGACCUCAAGCGCCACGUCCAGGACCUGCGCGACAACAUCCGCUCCAACUGGACCACCACCGGCCAGGAGCUCAGCCGCGAGCUGCGCCAGUUCUGGCCCUCGAGCCGGCCCCAGAGCCCGGCGCCCCAGCGCAGCAACGCCGGCUCGUACAUGCUGGCCGCCCCGAACGGCGACGGCAUGCCGCCUUCCAGCCCCAUCGGCGGGCCCUCGUCGGGCGUCUUCCCGCCCCGGUCGCCGGCCAUCGACAGGGCGGGCGGCAACACGAACGACUUUGUCGCGGGCUACGCGCUGGGUCUCAUUGGCGGUGUCAGGUCAUGGAUGACCAAGUCCCGCCGGUCAGAGCAGGACUCUCGGCCGCCGAGUGACGACGACUCGGAGGAGGGAGACGACAAGUCUACCCGCCGCGGCCGUAACACCGUGCCUGCAGCGAGGUGA